AUGUAUGACACUAUAAUGUCAUCUUUUAACUUUAAUGGAACAUUAACUUCUGACUGUAGUAACGGUUAUGCAGGAGAAAUUGAUGAGUAUGAUAUGAUUAAAGCAGAUAGAGUAAGAAAAGUUAUGUUUCCUGAAUUUUCUAUUGAUUCAGGAUUUGAAGAACAUGAUGAUAUAAUUGAUAUACCUACAACAAGUCUUGUUGUUCAAUUAGGUACACCUGCUUUAUAUUUAAAAGAUUCAAUAAUAGAAUUACUUUGUCUUAGAGAUGGUGUUGAAGUUACUACAAAAGCAAUACCUGAAUUAAUUGCCUUGUUAAGUGAUAGAGAUCCUGAUGUAGUUAGUCGUGCCGCACAUAUGGUAUAUUUAUUAUCAAGAGAAGAAAAAUUUAUUGGAACUCUUGCAACAAAUAAUAAAUUAAUUAGAGCAUUACUUGAUGCAGCUGCUUGUACAGAAGAUGGUAAUACAAAAAGAGAAAUAGCUGCAGCAAUAAGCCAUAUAAGUGAUCAUAGUGAAGGACGAAUGCAUAUCUUUAGAUCUGGAGGUAUUCCUGAAUUAGUUAGAAUGUUAACAUGGCCAAUUGAACAGGUAGUACAUUAUGCAGUAACAACUCUUCAUAAUUUACUUUUAUAUCUUGAAAGUAGUAAACAAGAAAUUUUAUCAUGUGGUGGAUUAGAAGCUUUAACACCACACUUAAGAUCUUCUAAUGUUAAAUUACAAGCAUUGGUUGCAGAUUCUAUUUAUUUUCUUGUUCUAGAUCGACCAUAUACAAAACAAUUAUUUUUAUCAUUACAAGGGCCUGUUGCAUUAAUUGAUAUUCUCAAGACUCCUACAAAUUAUACAAAGUUAUAUGCUACUGUAAUUCGAGUAAUUCGAAGUAUCAGUACAUGUCCUUUAACGAAGACAGCACUUAUUCAGUUAGGAGCUUUAGAAACACUUCAUUAUCAUCUUGUUAAAAGUUCUAUAGAUGUCAAAAGACAACUAGCAAUACUUAAUGGCAUGAGAAAUUUAUCUGAUGUAGCAACAAGUUUAGAUAAUUUAAAAGAACUAAUUAUGGACUUGUUAUCAUUAAUCGAAGCAUCAUUUAAUGAAGAAGUAGUAGCGUGUGCAUCAGGAAUUUUAUCUAAUCUUACAUGUAAUAAUACACUUAAUAAACAUACUGUAUGUGCUAGUGGUGGAGUUAAACUUUUAUCACAAAUUUUAAAUCGUUUUCCUAAUAUUGAAGAUGUAACUGAACCUGUUUUAUGUACAUUACGUCAUUGCACUGCCAGACAUUCUUUAGCUACUGAAGCACAAAAGGAGGUAAGAAUUGGUAAUGCAUUUCCAAUAAUUUUAUCACUUCUUGCAACAAGGAGAGCACCUAUUGUUAAAGCAGCAUUAGGAUUAUUAAGAAAUUGUGCCUUAUUACAAGAAAAUUUACAAUCAAUGCUUAAAGAAGUUACUGAAGAUGGAGAAAAUAUUGUAGUAAUUGCAGUUGAAGUUUUAUCUAGAUCUGGAAUGCAACUAAGAAUGGAUUUUACUGCAAUGGAAGAUGGUGUCUCACAAAUGGAAAUGGUUGAAGGUAGUGUUUCAGCUUUACAUCAACUUGCUACAAAUCAUGAUGUAGCUGUUUUUUUAUUAGAAUCUCCACAAAUAAUAUCAUUAUUGGGAGAUUUAGUUUCAAUGGAACAAAUUAAUAAUAAUGAUGAUGACUUAAUGAUGCGUGAAUUAAUGGGAUUGUUUUAUCAAUUGACAAAAUCACCUGAGGGUGCUCGAAUUAUAGAACGUAUUGGGCCAAUGGGAAUUUUUAAAGAAGCAUUAAGAUCAAGACAUAAAUCAGUUUCCACAUAUGCAUAUGGAGUCAUAAAAAAUAUUGAACUUGAAACUGGAGAUUAUCAAAAUUAUAGAAAUUAUGAACAACAUAAUAUUUCAUCUAAUAUGAUUCCUCCACCAGCCCCAGGUUCUGAUUAUGGAGGAUGGAUUCACGAUGGUUUGGAACCUGAAUUAUUUAAUGAAAUGUAUCAUAGUUCUAGUAUCACGGAUAUAAAACACGAAAGUAAUGCUACUAAUUCUUGGUUUGAUACUGACCUUUAA